AUGAAUCUCUCUUUUUGGAAUAUUAGAGGACUAAAUAAGUCUUCUAAGCAGCAUCUUGUCAAGCUUCAUAUGCAACAGAAUUCUAUAUCUUUUAUGGCUCUUUUUGAAAUUAAAAUCAAGACAAAUAAGCUACCUAUUGUAACUAGGAAAAUUGCAAACACCUGGAAGUGGUAUUCAAAUGAUCUUAACUCUAGCAAAGCUAGAAUUCUUCUUCUUUGGGAUCCUAAUAGUCUGGAAGUUCAAAUUGACAGUCAAUCAUCUCAGCAUAUCACUUGUGUGGUCAGAUCUUUUGAUGGCAGAAUUGAUUGUUUUAUAACUUCAGUAUAUGGUCAUAAUCAUUUGGAAAAUAGAAGAGACCUUUGGCAGGAGCUAAAACAAGUCAGUUUAUCUGCUGGAAAUAAGCCUUGGAUUCUAUGUGGUGACUAUAAUACUAUUACUGGUAGUGAUGAUAAACUGGGUGGUGCAGUAGUAACUGAGGCUGAAACCAUGGAUUUCAGGAAUUUCAUUGAUGAUUGCCACCUAUCUCACAUGAAAACAGAUGGUUGUCAUUUUACUUGGAAUAACAGACAAGAAGCAAACUCAAGAGUUUGGAGUAGGUUGGAUCGAGCCUUGGUAAAUGAUGCUUGGCUAAAUUUCUAUAAUUCCAGUCAUGUGGAAUUUUUACAACCUAAUUGCUCUGAUCAUUCUCCAGCUUUGGUUUCAGUUCAUGAUGAUUGUGUUCAAGGUAAAAAGCCUUUUAAAUUUUUCAAGAUGUGGAUUAAGCAUGAAGAUUACAUUCCCACUGUCUCUUCUAUCUGGAAAACUCCUAUUACUGGCUGUAAGAUGUUCUCUGUUGCUAGCAAAAUGAAACUUUUGAAGGUAGCUCUGAAGGACCUCAACAGGAGAAAUUUUCAUAAUAUAAGUGAACAAGUAAAUAGGGCAAAGAUAAAUCUGGACAAUAUUCAAAGCAAUCUACAAGCUGAUCCUCUCAAUUCAGUACUCAUUGCUCGGGAAAAAGAAUGCAUAGUUACCUAUAACAGAUUGUUGGAGUGUGAAUUAUCUUUCUAUCAGCAAAAAUCAAGGAUACAAUGGAUAGUGCAGGGUGACAGAUGUACAAAUUACUUUCACUCUUCAAUCAAGGCUAAGAGGCAUCUUAAUAGAAUUAAUCUUCUGUAUAAUGGUGCAGGUGAUAGAAUUACUGAUGGUGAGGGAAUCAUUCAAGAAUUUAUCUCCUUUUAUAAGAAUCUUAUGGGAUCAAAAACUGUUACCCCAAAGCCUGACUGUAAUGUCAUUAGCAAAGGGAUCUGUUUAAAUGAAGCUCAAGCAAUUGCACUCUCCUCUGCUGUGACUAGGGAGGAAAUCAAAACAGCUGUUUUUUCCAUGGAUGAUAAUAAAGCUCCAGGUCCUGAUGGAUUUAAUAUGUCCUUUUACAAGUCUGCAUGGAGUAUUAUAGGAGAUGAAGUUUCACAGGCAAUUCUUGAUUUUUUUCAGAACUGGGAAACUGCUUGGUAUGAUAAACUCAACUUCCAUAUCUCUAAUUCCUAA